AAAAAAAUCAUCAAGAUAUCCAAGUGACAUCUAUUUCAUUGGACGUGCAAAACAUAAUAAAAGGACUUAAUUUGUGCAGAUCAUAAAUCUAAAGAUAUGCAGUGAUGUUACAGUAUAAUGCCAAAUCAUAAUGGACCUCCAUCUUUAAUUCGCAACAACGAAUCACUACAGCAAAAUGGAAACCCUCAACUGUCACCAUGGUUACAAAAUUCAACUCCGAGCAUAAACAAAAUCACACUAUUAAAUACUUCAAGUGACAGCAUAACAAUGCAGCCGAGUUUCCGACAAAUUUCUGACGUGGAUUCAUUAGAAGAUGACACUCAUUUGCAUAAAACUGCAGUGAUUAUAAUAAUGAGCAUUCUUAUUUUCAUUUCACUUAGCAUUUCUGCUGCUGUUUUAGUUUUUUGCAAGAAGAAAAAUUCUGUGUUCAGUUAUCAAAAAUCUGAGCAAGGAGAUAAAGAUUAUGAGUAUGAAAUGGAUGACAUAAAUACUGAAAAUGAAUCUUCUGAUUCCAUGGAAACCAGUGAACCAAUCAGAUCACAGACUUAUCCUUCAAUAGCAGACGUUAAUUCAUCUUCAAAUAAAAUCAGAUACAAGUUUAUACCCAAAUCUAAUACAUUUUCAGGAAUUGAUUAUUGUGGUUUGGAUAUGAGUCGUGAACAUUCAAACAACUUUUCCCUAUCAAACAGCUUGUAUUCAAGUUCAUCACCAAGUCUUAAUUUUCAAUCACUCACAAUAAAAGUUGAUGUUGAACCAUGUUUGCAAUCUCAAUCAUCAGAUUGCUUGACUGAUUAUUCAUUGUGCAAUGAUAAUUCAAGCACUUAUACAACUGAACAUGAGCAUAAUUUAAAUUCACAUUCAACUGAACGCUUCAACAGUGCUAUUCCUUGGGAUUAUGAUUCAAACUCUUUAGAAAAUGAAGAUCUGCAAACAGCAUCAAUAUUAUCUAAAAACCCUUUCACAGAAUCAACAAACAGUUCUGAUCAGAACUUUUCAAUAAGUCCUCAAUGCUCAAUAAAUUUUUCAAAUGAAACUGGAAAUAAAAAGUCUCAGAAAAAUUGGGUUUUAGAAAAACAAAGUUCUGAGGAAAGUGAUGAAUUGUUUCAAAUCAGUAAACCACUUUUACACAAGAGGGGAGACUACUCUAAUUGACUUCAGAA